GGCGGGAGGCGCAGGCUGAGACUGUCGCGGCGGCGACGGCUCGGACAGGCCUGGUGCCGGCGGCGGAGAGGAUCCCUCGGGCAGGGGAUGUGAGCGCGGAGCUCCUGUCAGCACUGAAGAAGAUUUGUGAUGAAAUGGAGCCUGGAACAAACUCUUUUCGAGUAGAAUUUCCUGAUUUUUCCAGCACUAUUCUGCAGAAACUGAACCAGCAACGCCAGCAAGGUCAAUUAUGUGACGUCUCCAUUGUUGUCCAAGGCCACAUUUUCCGGGCACACAAAGCUGUUCUUGCUGCCAGUUCACCCUACUUUUGUGACCAGGUUCUCCUGAAAAACAGCAGGAGAAUUGUUUUACCUGAUGUGAUGAACCCGAGAGUGUUUGAGAACAUUCUCUUAUCCAGUUACACAGGACGUCUCGUAAUGCCUGCUCCAGAAAUAGUCAGUUAUUUAACAGCAGCAAGCUUCCUCCAGAUGUGGCAUGUGGUAGACAAAUGCACUGAGGUUUUAGAAGGAAACCCUACAGUCCUUUGUCAGAAGCUAAAUCAUGGCAGUGACCACCAGUCUCCCAGCAGCAGUAGUUACAACGGCCUGGUGGAGAGCUUUGAGCUGGGCUCUGGGGGCCAUACUGAUUUCCCCAAAACCCAAGAACUGAGGGAUGGCGAGAACGAAGAGGAGAGCACCAAAGACGAGCUGUCGUCUCAGCUCACCGAACAUGAAUACCUGCCCAGCAACUCAUCCACAGAGCAUGACCGACUGAGCACCGAAAUGACCAGCCAGGAUGGGGAGGAGGGGGCCAGCGACAGUGCUGAGUUCCACUACACGCGGCCCAUGUACAGCAAGCCCAGCAUCAUGGCUCACAAACGCUGGAUUCACGUGAAGCCUGAGCGCUUGGACCAGGCCUGCGAGGGCAUGGACGUGCAUGCAGCCUACGACGAGCACCAGGUCACUGAGUCCAUCAAUACCAUGCAGACAGAGCAUACUGUCCAGCCCUCAGGAGUGGAGGAGGACUUCCACAUUGGGGAGAAGAAAGUGGAAGCGGAGUUUGACGAACAAGCCGAUGAAAGCAAUUAUGAUGAGCAGGUGGAUUUCUAUGGCUCUUCCAUGGAAGAGUUUUCUGGAGAGAGGUCUGAUGGAAAUCUAAUUGGGCACAGACAGGAGGCUGCCCUCACAGCAGGCUACAGUGAAAAUAUUGAAAUGGUAACAGGGAUUAAAGAAGAAGCUUCCCACUUAGGAUUCUCAGCCACCGACAAGUUAUAUCCUUGUCAGUGUGGGAAGAGUUUCACUCACAAGAGUCAGAGAGAUCGACACAUGAGCAUGCACCUCGGUCUGCGGCCUUAUGGCUGUGGUGUCUGUGGUAAGAAAUUCAAAAUGAAGCACCAUCUUGUGGGCCACAUGAAAAUUCACACAGGCAUAAAGCCGUAUGAGUGUAAUAUCUGUGCAAAGAGAUUUAUGUGGAGGGACAGUUUCCACAGGCAUGUGACUUCUUGUACCAAGUCCUACGAAGCUGCAAAGGCUGAGCAGAAUACAACUGAGGCUAACUAAAAAUAGGAUCUGGUCCUUGAGUGGCAUGCACUAAAAUAAACUAUGGUAAUUAAUGCAAAUCUGGGCACAGAUGAUGCGUGCUACUUGCUAUUAUGAGAGAAGCUUAAAAAAAAAAGAAGAAAGAUAUUUCUGAAAGACCAGCUCUAAGUAGGCCAAUUAAAAAAAUCUAAUUCCUCAAAUUUGUAUGUUCCAGUUCUGGCCUGGAAUGGGUAAUGGGGGUAAGUCAGCCCACCACCCAGCUGGCGUGGUAAACCUUCAGAGGUGACCGAGACAGGUGAACGUGGUAAUAGAGACACCUGCACUUGGAGCUGGACUCCAGCCCACCAGUUCCACUUCAGGUGGCAGCAGUUUCUGACCACUCAUUACAAGGUCAUGUUGAAAUUUUACUUUGUUCUUACUAUAGAUACUUAGGUAAUGUGGCUUUGUUUGGGUAGCUGCUUCACUGACUAAAAUGCUACUUACAUGAAAGCUACAAAUGUGAUUCCUGGGAUGAGAAAUUGGUUAACAGAGCUCUCUUCUGGUUUCAUUCUUUCUAAAAUGUUUUUGAACUAUGGAGAUACUAAGGAGUGACAUUCUGAGUAUGAAACAAAUAACUUAUGGUACAAGCUUUGAUUUCUUUAAGAUGCCACUGUUACAAUGUGUUUCAGACUCUUGAUAAGGCACAGUUUCGUAUUUGAGUACUAACUGUUGAGUUUGAGCAGUUGUUUCUAAUUGUAAUUCUCUAGGAUGUCAGAGAUAGGUAUUUCUAAUUGGCUUGCUGUCUCAAAUCCUCUUUAGUUGUAGUAUCCAUGCCGUGGUAUCUGCUCUGUGGCUCAGAGAGCCUAUGACUCGGAACAGGAGCCACUGGCUGCUCCAGCCGGUGCUCUUAGUUAGGGUGCUUUCCAUAGAGGGCAGUCAGUGAGUGGCCAGGGUCAACAGGAAAGAGCCAGGAGGCAUGACUGAGAGUUUCGAGGAGACUUGAGAAGUUAAGAGGGUGCUAUGUGACAUUCCACCUGUCAGAGUGAGUUGCAGAGUGGAGAAGCAGAAAUUCAUGAGUGGCAGGUUAUACUUGAGGAGGAAACAAAAACUGCCGAAGAGAAGAGUCUUGAAGAUACACUGGUGGGGGGAUUUGAGCUGGUGGAGGGGCAUACUGAGCUAAUAUGCCAGUUAUUUAUGAGUGUCAAAAUGUGUUUUUAAUAGGGGAAAGGAGAAGUACUAAUUUUAGCAAACUCAUCUACAGAUUCAUGCUUCCAAAUUAUCGAUAAAGCUGCAUAAAUUUACAAGCCCACAUAGCUAUACCUACCAAAAAACAGAAAAAG